UCUUGACUCUCUCUUCCACCACACCCAACACAUCUCGCCAGAGUGAGGCAUAGUCGUGCUGUGCUGCUGCCCUUGCUACCGCCACUACCAUGGACGCCUCUGCCCUCGAGCCGGUCACCUUUGCCUGUAAGCUGGUCAUCUCCAAGUGGUCGCGGGUCGAUGCCGAGCUGACAAUCGACAAGAACGGGGUGGACAUCCGCCAGAUCAAGAGCGGCGAGCGAUGGUUCAUGCCGUACGAGCUCAUCAAGAACUACGCGUCGUGGGUGGUCAAGGGCUUCCUCGGCCUCACAGGCCGGACUCAGUACGAGUCGACCCAGCGGGUGGUCAUGCUCGUCUUCACCAAGGCCAACAAGGACAAUGCGCACAAGGCCGAACUCGCCAUCUCCAUCUUUAUCCGCCACAAACUCGAGGAUCUCAAGCGCGAGAACCAGUACGUCGAGUCUCUCGAGGCCGGCACGACCUCGGCGCAGGAUCCAUCCGAGUUUGGCGCCCAGUUUGAACAGACAGCCGAUGACGAGACGUUCUCGUCGGCCCAGACACCGCCGCCGGCCGGCGCGCCAGCCCGGCCGGCACGCUCAAGCCGUGCCGGCCGCUCGGCCACCGUCGGCGACAUGGCUCCUAUCGGCAAGAUUGCUCCGCCGCCGUCGUCUGGCCGCCGCCGCGCCUCGACUCGAAACUUUGAUCAGGCCAAGGCCAUGUUCAUCCCGCCGCCGCGCCCGGCCACAGGCACAACAUCGCCCGAGGCCCAGGCCUCGCUCGAGUCGCAGUUUGCCUCCAACGCCGCCGCCGCUGCCAGCACACCCUCGCUCAUCGACAUGUUUUCUGCACCUGCCGCCGCGCCUGCACCUGCCCCUGCACCUGCGCUUGCCACCGCGCAGCCUGUCUCCGAUGACGCCUUUUUCGCCGCCUUUGCCUCGUCUCGUGCCACCUCGGGUACCAGCAGCGGACCGUCCGGCUUUGCUGCCGCGCUUGCCGCUCCACCCGCUUCCAUUCCAGCUGCUGCGCCACCUGCCGCAGCUCCAGCUCCAGCUCCGGGCGUCUUUGACUUUUCGGCGCUCUCGGCUGCCACGCCGGCCAUCGCGCCCCCGCAGUCGACCCAGACUCUCAACGCGGCAAGCCAACCACGCAAAACAUCAACACCGCUUAUUCUCCUUUGAACCUCGCAGCUGUUGCACCCACCGUGCCCGCCAAGCCGAAUUGAUGACGAUGGCCGUGUCAAGCGGCGGGCGGACGAAAAAAUCAAACU